GUGUACUUAUUUAUCGGUGUCAUUGCCAUCGUUUCCGUCGGAAUGCGAGGUUGAGUCGGCGGUGAGGUUUGGUUUUGUUUUCGUUUUGAUUUCGGUUAAUCUGAGAAGUUGCGAUGAGUGAGGGGUUUGAGAGCUGCGAGCGCCAGUACUGUGAGCUCUCUGCUGCUUUGUUGAAGAAGACGUUUUCGGUUAGCCGUCUGGAUGGAGAGCAAAGGAGACAAAAGAUUUCUGAAAUCAAAAUCGAGUUGGAUGAGGCUGACACUUUGAUUCGUAAGAUGGAUUUCGAGGUUCAGAGUUUGCAGCCAAACGUUAAGGCGCCUCUUCUUCCCAAGCUGAGGGAAUAUAGAUCUGAUUUAAACUUUCUGAAAAGUGAGGUAAAGCGAACUGCAUCAAAAUACCUUCAAGCUGCCCGCAACGAGCUGCUGGAGGGAGGAAUGCCUCAAGCAUCUACCGCAUCUCAGAACCAAAGGGACAGAUUGUUAGCCUCAACUGAAAGAUUAAACAAAUCUGGAGACAGGAUUGAAGAAAGUAAAAAAGUCAUGCUAGAAUCAGAAGAGAUCGGUGUCUCUCUUCUCCAGGGUUUACACCAACAACGGCAAUCGCUCUUACAAACUGACAAUGUGCUGCAUGGCAUGGAUCACAAGAUAGGCAGAAGCAGCGGCAUUGUAACGACGAUGUCGAGAAGGAUGAGCAGAAACAAAUGGAUUAUUGGCUCUUUAAUUUUAUUGCUGCUGCUUGUCAUUGCCAUGAUCUUGUAUUUUAAGCUCUCCAAAUGAACCAAGGUGCGUACAAAUUAUGUGCUUGCUAUAAGCAUUUUGAUUAUAUAAUGAAAUAUGUGGUUGUGGACUAACCUUAAUUUUCUGACUGAAUGAUAUUCCAAAUAUUAGUCAUUGCUUUU